GAUCAGGACCACAUAUGUAAGCUGGAAAAAGGGAAGAAGGGGAGUUACCUCACCCAGAGGCAGUGAUAUUGCAUCAACCAAUCCUUGCAUGCUGCAGCUUCCUCGUGCAUCUGCCUGGAACCAGUCACAGAGUAUUUCCUGCUGAACCUGAGCGACUCCUCCAAUCCACCUCAGCCCCUCAAAAUCUUUCCUUCUGGGACUUCCCCAGAAAUGAACUCUUACAAGAAGGUAUAAAAAGAACAGCUGCUCCAGGCAGAGCGACUCCCCUGGCGACCACAGGAGGCUAAGGCACUUGGCAGUGAUGAGGCUCCGUCCCCCUCUCCCAGCCCUCCUGGCUUCCCUGCUCUGGCUCCAGGCUGCAUCACCCGCCACGAGUGCACGGACCCCCAGGACUUCAACCAUCUCUGAUGCUGUGAAUCAGGCCAAGGUCCAGGUCAACAAGGCCUUCCUGGACUCCCGAGCCACGCUGAAGACCGCCAUGACCUCGGAGACUCCCACCACGAGACAGCUAUCGGAGUACCUCAAGCAUGCCAAAGGCCGGGCGCGAACAGCCAUCCGCAUGGGACAGGUGUGGGAAGAGUCCUUAAAGAAGCUGAGGUCACAGACCCCCUUGACCAAUGCCACAGGCUCCAGCCUGGACUUGACUUCACUGUCUGCCGAGGUGGGCUGUGAUGCCCCUGCUCCUGUGGUGAGCUGCGACAUGAACAGCCCCUACCGCACCAUCACGGGAGACUGUAACAACAGGAGGAACCCUGCGCUGGGCGCUGCCAACAGGGCGCUGGCUCGCUGGCUGCCGGCCGAGUACGAGGACGGGCUCUCCCUCCCCUUCGGGUGGACACCGGGGAAGACACGGAACGGCUUCCCAGUCCCGCUGGCCCGGGAAGUAUCCAACAAGAUCGUCGGCUAUUUGAAUGAGGAGGGUGUUCUAGACCAAGACAGGUCCCUCCUUUUCAUGCAAUGGGGUCAAAUUGUGGACCACGACCUGGACUUUGCCCCUGAAACUGAGAUGGGGAGUAGCGACUUCUCCAAAGUCCAGUGUGAUGAGUACUGUAUACAAGGAGGCAACUGCUACCCCAUCAUGUUCCCACCCAGUGACCCCAAGGUGAAGACUCAAGGGAAGUGCAUGCCUUUCUUCAGAGCUGGGUUCGUCUGCCCCACUCCACCCUACCAGUCUGUGGCCCGAGAGCAAAUCAACGCCCUAACCUCCUUCCUGGAUGCCAGCUUGGUGUACGGCCCUGAGCCAAGCCUGGCCAGCCGCCUGCGCAACCUCAGCAGCCCCUUGGGUCUCAUGGCUGUCAACCAGGAAGUCUCAGAUCAUGGGCUGCCCUACCUGCCCUUUGUCACCACACGGCCAAGCCCCUGUGAGCUCAUCAGCACCACAGCUGACGUACCCUGCUUCCUGGCUGGAGAUUCCCGAGCCUCUGAGCAAAUCCUGUUGGCCGCUUCCCACACCCUCCUUCUCCGCGAGCACAACCGGCUGGCCCAAGAACUGAAGAGGCUCAACCCUCAGUGGGACGGAGAGAAACUCUACCAGGAAGCCCGGAAAAUUCUGGGCGCCUUCAUGCAGAUCAUUACUUUCAGGGACUACCUACCCAUCGUGCUGGGCUGUGAGAUGCAGAAGUGGAUUCCUCCCUACCAAGGCUACAACGAAUCCGUAGAUCCCCGAAUUUCCAAUGUCUUCACCUUUGCUUUCCGCUUUGGCCACUUGGAGGUCCCUGCUACUAUAUCUCGCCUAGAUGAGAAUUAUCAGCCCUGGGGGCCAGAAUCAGAGCUGCCUCUGCACAAACUCUUCUUCAACACCUGGAGGAUGGUCAAAGAUGGUGGAAUUGAUCCUCUGGUACGGGGCCUGCUGGCCAAGAAGGCCAAGGUUAUGAAUCAGAAUAAAAUGAUGACAGGAGAGCUGCGCGACAAGCUCUUCCAGCCGACUCACACCAUCCACGGCUUUGACCUGGCUGCCAUUAACAUCCAGCGAAGCCGGGACCAUGGGCAGCCUGGGUACAACUCCUGGAGAGGCUUUUGUGGCCUCUCUCAGCCGCAAACCCUAGAAGAGCUGAGUGCUGUGCUGAAGAACAAGAUGCUGGCCAAGAAGUUACUGGAUCUCUACGGGACACCUGACAACAUCGACAUCUGGGUGGGAGCCAUAGCUGAGCCGCUAGUGGAAAGGGGCCGGGUAGGGCCUCUCCUGGCCUGCCUCCUGGGCCACCAGUUCCAGCGGGUCCGUGAUGGUGACAGAUUCUGGUGGGAAAACCCAGGAGUCUUCACAGAGAAGCAGCAGGCCUCCCUGAGGAAAAUGUCCUUCUCCCGCCUUGUCUGUGACAACACCCACAUCACCAAGGUCCCCCUGAAUCCAUUCCGGGCCAACAGCUACCCCCAAGGCUUUGUGGACUGCUCUGAUGUUGAGGAGCUGGAUCUCUCCCCCUGGGUCUCAGAGGAGAAGUAGAGGCCUGGGCUCCCGGCCUCCCAUGUUGCAGAGCAAAACUUCCUGUGGCCCACGAUGGCAUUUCACACACACUCAGUGACCUGGUCCCUUCAAGCUGAGCACCCCAGGCCCAACCAUCCUGUCAGCCUGUCUUGCACUCACCCAAUGAAUUGCUUGCUCAAGUCUAAUGACAGCCGUCCUGGCCUGUGCAGUUGUUCUGCUUGGUUUCCAUCCCUCCCAACCCAGCCUUUCCAGCCCCGUGGAAAUCCUCCCUUCAUUCAUGACUUAGACCUUCUGAGACACCCUGCCAGUCCUGUUUGGUGGAUGUCUGCCAACCUCUCCCCUAAAUAAGGCUGGCUGAGGCACUGGCCUGUGAGCUUUAGCUCUCCUCCUGUCCUCCCAGGCUAGAUCAUAAGCUUUGGAGCAUGGCGUGGCACUCCGCAUGGUGCUCCACACUAAGCACUCAGUAAACAUCGAUGAUUGACUAA